UCGGCACCUUUCACACGAGCGAGAUGACUUCCCCUUCGCCUCAUGACCGCAGCCGGACAGACGACGAGGAUGACCCCGUUGAACAGAUGAUUACCCGCACCGGCUGCGCUGAGCUGCAUUAUGCUGUGCAGGAGUGCAUGGCUGAACACCAGGACUGGAGAGUUUGCCAGAAACAGGUCCAGACUUUCAAAGACUGCAUGAUGAAUUUUCAAAAUGCUCGGAAAGAACAACUGAAAAAGAAAAUGCAAGCCUCCGCAGGGAAUGUUUUCAACAGCUCUGUCAUCAUUCAUCCUCCUGGCUUCUAUAUCAUCGGAUUUGAGACAUUUCCUUUUAUAAAUAUCUACAUCAUCUUUCUGUCCUUUGUUUAUGUGGUAACAGUGCUGUUCAACUCUGUACUGAUAUACAUUGUUACUUUCAACCCCUCUUUGCACACUCCAAAAUUUGUGGCUGUCACCAACCUUGCAGUGAUAGAUUUAUUACUUAGCACAAGCAUUAUUCCCAGCAUGAUAAAAAUAUUUCUCAUUAAGGACAAUUUCAUUCCAUUUAACCUGUGUUUUGUUCAAAUGUUUGGAUAUUAUGUGCUGGUAUCAUUGGAGUCAUUUGCCCUUACUGUCCUUGCCUACGACCGGAUGAUUGCUAUCUGCUUCCCUUUGCGCCAAAACUCGAUCAACACAGUGCGAAACAUGUGCUGUAUUGUCAGCAUUACGUGGUGUUGUGCUCUGGGAAUCAAUGCGUUUACAGUAGGUAUAAUGACACAGUUGUCUUUUUGUGACUCUGUGAGAGUGUUCAGUUAUUUUUGUGACUAUGCACCCGUGUUUCGACUUGCUUGUAACGAUUAUUCCAUGCACUGGUCUUCAGCCUCUUUUCUCUCUAUAAUGCUGAUUGUAGGCCCCUUCACUUUUAUUCUUCUGUCAUAUAUCAGUAUCCUGGUGACUGUGUAUAGGAUGAAAUCUGUGGAUCGCCGUCUUAAAGCUCUGGCCACUUGCGUUGAGCACAUAAUCCUUGUUGCUAUAUUCUACAUUCCUCUUUUUGUCAUAUUCACAUAUGGGUUUUAUUUUGGAGCCAUUGAUCGAGACCAGCGAGUUCUGAGCUUGUCUCUAUCGUCUUGCCUUCCUCCUUGCAUUAAUCCUAUUGUGUAUUCUUUGAAAACCAGUGAAAUUAAAAUCAGAGCACUGGCACUGAUGAGAAAAAACAAAGUCUGUGUAAACAAACCAACAAAAUCUAAAAAGAUCCUAGAGAUGAGAAAAGAU